AUGCGAGGAAAGCCCUUAGCUUAUUUACCUUUUGACACAGAACCAGAAAGGACUUUACGAGCAAGACUCAAAAGAGCUAAGCAAGAAAGAUUGACAACAUCCGAAGGAAAUCCAACAAUACCAGAAAAAGAGGAAGAGGUUUCGGUUCAUUUAGAGCAUUCCGAUUCAGACACCAAGACAAUUCCUCAAACAAUGAUAGCUGAUCCACCCCCACCAGUCGAAAGGCUUCUUGGUGACUACGGUGGAAAUAAUGCACCGGCUGGUAGAAUGACAAUUGUGAACCAACCGUUGAAUGCGGCACAUUUUCAGCUGCAUCCCAGCACUAUCAAUCAACUGGAAAGAUGGUCUUUUUUGGGAAGGGUGAACGAAGAUGCAAAUAAACAUCUUCAAAGGUUUCUGACUAUGAGUACCACUCUGAAGAUAUAUGGGCAUAGUGAGGAAGCAAAGAGGUUACGUAUGUUCCCUUUCACCUUAACUGAUGAGGCUGAAGAAUGGUUCUAUUCCUUACCUGCAGGGAGUAUUAUUACUUGGGAAAAGAUGGAGAAGGCUUUUCUGAAUGAAUACUUUCCUGCAUCAGUGUCAUUGAGAAAAAGACAUGAAAUUCUUAAUUUCAAGCAGAAAGAGGGUGAGUCGCUAGGGGAUACUUAUAAAAGAUUCAAAAGACUCCUAGUGGCUUGUCCUACUCACAAUAUGGAUGAUACUGAGCAGAUGCAGAUGUUCGUUAAUGGUCUCAGACUCAAGACAAGGAAAAUUCUAGAUUCAGCUGCCGGUGGCUCAUUCAACUUUGCAACAGCCACUGGUAUGAAGAAGAUCAUUGAAGUAAUUGCAGCAAAUGAGCAUCUGGAGCUAUAUGACAGUGUCACAAGCAAGCCUGAAGGAGUGAUUGAUCUAAAGCUGGAAGCUAACAAGCAGGUAAAAAUUGAAGAGCCAGUUGUUAUAGAGGUGGAAAAGAGGUUGAAGGCACUGAACAUCGGUACUCAAAAAGUGGCUCAAGUCCAACAAACACCAAGUGCUAUUUGUGAGAUUUGUAAUGGACCACACAAAACUGUUCAUUGUCUUGCAACUCCACAACAGAUUGAGGAGAUCAAGUUCUUGAAGCAGAAUAAUCCUUAUUCUAACACCCACAAUCCGGGGUGGAAUUAUCAUCCCAACUUCUCGUGGAAAGAUCAACAACAACAAGCUCCGCAGAAGGCAGAAUGGGAAGUGGAUAUAGAAAAGAUGGCUACUUAUAACUCUCAAUUCCAAGAAGAGACAAGGAAAAACCACAAGAACACAACUGCGUCAAUCAGAAAUUUAGCGGUUCAAGUGGGUCAGAUAGCACAAUAUCUAUCUCUACAGGCACAAAGUACUCUUCUGAGCUCAACUGUGAUAAACCCGAAAAAUCAAGAGAAUGUGAAUGCUGUCAUAACACGAAGCAAGAACAUACCGGAAUCUGAAAAAGAUGAUGAAACGGGUGACAAUAUGGUCAUAGAGGUGGACUUGGAAGUGAGGGAAACUGAGAAAACAACCAAAGAAGUCGUGACACCGGUAGAGCCAAAUGGAGAAAAAAUUAAAAAAGAGGCUAAACCGAUGAUCAAGUUGCCAUUCCCUACUAGAGUGGCAAAGCAGGAUUCCAAAGAGAAAGAGUUUGAGAAGUUCACUACAUUGUUCAAGAAGAGAAUCCCAAUUAAGAAGAAAGAUCCUGGAGCGGUUGCAAUACCAUGCACCAUCAACGACAUAAAUUUUCCCAAGGUUUUGAUCGAUUCAGGUGCUAGUGUGAGUUUGAUGCCUUUAUCCAUUUUCAAAAAGCUGGGUAUUGGAACAGUAAGAGAAAAAGGAAAAAAGCCGAAAUUUGCGAAUCACACCAUCAAACAAGCGUACGGGAUGGCUAAAGACGUGUUGGUGGAAAUUGACAGAUUCAUUUUUCCAGUGGAUUUUGAGAUCAUGGAUAUUCCGGAAGAUGAAGAAACGCCUAUCAUUUUGGGUCGAACAUUCAUGCUUACUAGUGGAUGCAACAUUGACAUUGAAAUAGGCAAUAAAUGGGGCAUUACUAAUGAAAGCUAUGAAGCGGAAAUUGGUAGGGCAUCACCCUCUCCAUUGUGUUACAAAUUGAUUGAUAGUUGCUGGAUGAAUUUGGGAUUAAUAGCUAGUGGAUGA